CGCGAGGCUACAAGCAGUAGUCCCGAACUGUUACUGUACAAGGUGCUUGAUGCGCGCACACCUUGCACCUCCUCCUUUUUGCAACGCAUGUCCCGGGCGCAGCUCAGACGUAGAGGCUGCGUGUGGAUUCCAGGAACACCAGGAACAGCCCAGGACCCCCAGACACGAAUCCACGGUGAAGCCGAGGAGAGCUUGAACAUCAUUGCUGCUGGCGAGUCUAAACCCGGGAUACGGGUGUCUUCAUGAAUGAACAGAAAGAGAGGGGGGGAACCCGAAUAUUGCUACGGCGUGCCUGAGACAUGCGUUAUAGGAGUCGAUCCUCUUUAAGGUCAUACUGUAGUCACUGUGAAGUCGACCUAGAGAAGUAAAGAGAAAGAAGAGAGCCAUAGCUUUGGGAUAGUGAGGGACGGAUUGUCUUUGUUGGAUGCUGCGAUGACGAUCUUAUUGGCCAUUCCGUUUUUAGUCCUGGUCGUAGCCAUGACGAUGACCACAUGCGCUCAGACAGAGAUGAAGCGAGUCGUUGGGGACAACGCCACGCUGCCCUGCCACCACCAGUACUGGCCUGGCGACGAGCCCACCCUGGACAUCGAGUGGCUCCUCCUCAAGCCCACCAACAGGCAGAGGGUGCUGAUCACCUACUUCGCCGGCCGGGUGUACGACCCCAACGAUGCGGACCGGGGACGCAUGGGCUUCGGCGGGGACUACCUGAGGGGGGAUGCCUCGCUGCUCAUCAGCGACCUGACCCUCACCGACUCUGGGGAGUACAGCUGCAAAGUGAAGAACGGCGGGAAGUACGAGUGGACCACCAUCAGCCUCAUAGUGCUGGUGAAGCCCUCCAAGCCGCGGUGCUGGAUGGAGGGGAAGCUGCUGGAGGGGGCCGACGUGAAGAUGAGCUGCAAGUCGAGCGACGGCUCGGACCCCGUCCUCUACAAGUGGGAGCGUCUGAUGGACAAGGGCAAGUACGCUGGCAAGCUGCCCCCGAUGGCCCUUCUAGACUUGAAAAAUCCUGAGAUCGUGACUCUGAAGAACCUGACCAAGGAGAGCGCUGGCGUGUACAAAUGCACAGCGAGCAACGACGUGGGAGAGGAGAGCUGCAUCGUGGAGGUCAAGAUGCACUACGUGCGCGGGAUGGGCGUGGUCGCCGGGGCCGUGGUGUGCGUGUCCUUUGGCGUGCUCCUCAUCAUCCUUACCGUGUGGCUGGUGUUCCGCAAGAAGGAGAUGAAGAAGUACGAGGAGGAGGAGACGCCCAAUGAGAUCAGGGAGGACGCAGAGGCCCCCAAGGCCAAGCUGGUGAACCCCAACUCCCUCUCCUCCUCCCGCUCCGGCAGCUCCCGCUCCGGCACCUCCUCCACCCAGUCCAUGGUGCACGGGGCCCCGCCUCCGCCGCCGUCCCAGCAGCCCCGCGCCCAGCGGCCCUGCGUGCCCGCCGUGGCCGCCCUCCGGGAGGGGAAAGCCAGCCAGCCCCAGCCCCCGGCCUACCUCCAGCACCCCGGCCACACCCUGCCCCCCCACGGCCACGCCCACGCCCCGGGCCCCGCCAGGACACCCGAGCCCCGGGCUGCCGUGCCGGCGCUGACCCUGCCCCCCUCCUCCUCCUCCAACAACACGGCCGGAUCCCACCUCGACCCCCGGCCCAAGGCCGGGCCCAACCCCAAGCUCAGCCCCGCCAACCUGGCCCGCAUGGGGGCCAUGCCCGUCAUGAUCCCCGCCCAGUCCAAGGCCUUCCAGACUGUGUAGGACCUGGAAGACCCGACCAGGGGAGGAAGAGAGAGAGAGAGAGAGAGAGAGAGAGAGAGAGAGAGAGAGAGGGAGAGAGAGAGAGAGAGAGAG